CAGCUUCCUCCACGUGAUCGGACGUAGCGCAGUGCGCAGGCGUGGUCCGGUGACGGGGCUGGCGGGACGGUGCAGACAUGGCGGGGCUAGGGGCCUUGUCGCGGGUACUUCGCGCGCGGCGCCUGUCGUUGGCCAGGGCGUGGCCAAGAGCUUUCCAAACACGGAUCCAAGGCUUUCACUUCACUGUUGGUGGGAGUAAGAGGGCUUCUGCUAAAGUUACAGAUGCAAUUUCUACUCAGUAUCCAGUAGUAGAUCAUGAGUUUGAUGCAGUGGUGGUAGGUGCUGGAGGGGCAGGCUUGCGAGCUGCUUUUGGCCUUUCUGAGGCAGGGUUUAAUACUGCCUGCCUUACAAAGCUUUUUCCUACUCGGUCACACACUGUCGCCGCACAGGGAGGGAUCAAUGCUGCCCUGGGGAACAUGGAAGAAGACAACUGGAGAUGGCAUUUCUACGACACUGUGAAGGGCUCCGAUUGGCUGGGGGACCAGGACGCCAUCCACUACAUGACAGAGCAGGCCCCUGCCUCUGUGGUUGAGCUUGAAAAUUAUGGGAUGCCAUUUAGCAGAACUGAAGAGGGGAAGAUUUAUCAGCGUGCAUUUGGUGGACAAAGCCUCAAGUUUGGGAAAGGUGGACAGGCCCACCGAUGUUGCUGUGUGGCUGAUCGCACAGGUCACUCACUCUUGCACACCUUAUAUGGAAGGUCUCUGCGCUAUGACACAAGCUAUUUUGUGGAGUAUUUUGCCCUGGAUCUCCUGAUGGAAGAUGGGGAGUGCCGUGGUGUCAUUGCACUGUGUAUAGAGGAUGGGUCCAUACAUCGUAUAAGAGCAAAGAACACUGUUGUUGCUACUGGAGGUUACGGGAGGACCUACUUCAGUUGCACGUCUGCCCACACCAGCACGGGGGAUGGCACAGCCAUGAUUACCAGGGCUGGCUUGCCGUGCCAGGACUUGGAGUUUGUUCAGUUCCACCCCACAGGCAUAUAUGGUGCUGGCUGUCUCAUCACAGAAGGAUGCCGUGGAGAAGGAGGCAUUCUCAUUAACAGUCAGGGUGAAAGAUUCAUGGAGAGAUACGCCCCUGUUGCGAAGGACCUAGCAUCCAGAGAUGUGGUGUCUCGGUCUAUGACUGUGGAGAUCCGUGAAGGAAGAGGCUGUGGCCCUGAGAAAGACCACGUCUACUUGCAGUUGCAUCAUUUGCCUCCUGAACAGUUGGCCAUGCGCCUGCCUGGCAUUUCAGAGACAGCCAUGAUCUUUGCCGGUGUGGACGUCACCAAGGAGCCUAUCCCUGUCCUUCCCACUGUGCACUACAACAUGGGUGGUAUUCCCACCAACUACAAGGGGCAGGUGCUGAAGCAUGUAAAUGGCCAGGAUCAGAUCGUGCCUGGCCUUUAUGCCUGUGGAGAAGCUGCCUGUGCCUCAGUGCAUGGUGCCAACCGACUCGGGGCAAAUUCUCUCUUGGAUCUAGUUGUGUUUGGCAGGGCCUGUGCUCUGAGCAUUGCAGAAUCUUGCAGACCUGGAGAUAAAGUUCCACCAAUUAAGGCAAAUGCUGGGGAAGAAUCUGUCAUGAAUCUUGACAAAUUGAGGUUUGCUGAUGGAAACAUAAGAACAUCAGAACUGCGCCUCAGCAUGCAGAAGUCAAUGCAGAGUCAUGCCGCAGUGUUCCGUGAGGGAAGUGUGCUGCAAGAAGGUUGUAAGAAAAUCAGCCAGCUCUACGGAGACCUGAAUCAUCUGAAGACAUUUGACAGGGGUAUGGUCUGGAACACUGACCUGGUGGAAACCCUGGAGCUGCAGAACCUGAUGCUGUGUGCACUGCAGACAAUCUAUGGCGCAGAGGCACGGAAGGAGUCACGAGGUGCACACGCAAGGGAAGAUUAUAAGGUGAGGAUCGAUGAGUAUGAUUACUCUAAGCCCACCCAGGGGCAGCAGAAGAGGCCAUUUGAGGAGCACUGGAGGAAACAUACCCUCUCUUAUGUGGACGUCAAGACUGGGAAGGUCAAUCUGGAGUACAGACCCGUCAUCGAUAAGACUUUGAAUGAAACAGACUGUGCUACAGUUCCACCUGCCAUUCGCUCAUACUAAUUGGACGUGAAGUUACAGAACAAGCUUCUGUAAUCAUGUAUCAUAGCUCAUCCUAUGUUCCAUCAUACCAGUCUUGGUAAUCUUGUGAACCAAAAGUUCACUUCAUAAAUUGUCUACCCAAUGACUAGUAGCUUGCUGCAGUCCUCAUUAUGAAAGGGCAACUAUGUCCAUUGUUGCCCCUUCUUCAUUCUUGGGAAAUAAUAAAACAGUACAAUUCUUAA